AUGAGUGAUUCUAUCUCUUUGGCCACGACCUCCUUUCCAACGGUUCGCGGUAACCAAAGCGGUUCGAUGCUCCCCUGCCCACCUAUGUUUCCAGACUUGAGUCGUGAAGAAUUGGAGCGACUCAGGAUGGCCUCUUCAACAGAAUCGACGAGCUUUGAUCUGAUUGCUGAUGGUAACGACGGCCCUACAACAGAAUCUACCGUACAUGCCGAUCCGCUCCAAGAGACAAAGGCACUCAGUUCGAAUGAUCUCAGUCAAACCACUGACCACCACAUCUCAAGCAUUGAAACUGAGGAAGCUAAUGGAGAAAGCGCACCUUGCGAUCGACGAAACGCCAUUCACAAUGAGACGAAAAUUAAUUGUUCAGAUGAAAAUCACUUGCACCCAUGA